UGACAAUUUCGCUUCAAUCGCAGGAAGCUAAACCAUCACGCUUCCCGCCCUUUAAAAGCUCGGAAUUCCGUCCUCCGUGUAACCAUGGCACCCAAUACUACCGCUUCCACGACAGGCGGUCUCACUAAGCUGCUCACCUUCAUCGGCGUGCUGAUUGGCGUCCUCUACCCGAUUGUCUACGUGCUCGAGCGCAACCUCGAGAACUUCUACAUCUUCGGCAUCGAGGAGCUACGCGAUGUUUCCCAGCGCGGCAUCGAGGCCGGCGGUAACGACACCGCUAAGAUCGUCGAGUUCAUCGUCACCGAGCUGAAGCAGAACCACCCGACCCACGUCAACCCCCAGUGGAACGUGCGCGAGGAGUGGUUCUUUAACAAUGCUGGCGGUGCCAUGGGCGGCAUGUACAUCAUCCAUGCCAGCAUCACCGAGUACCUAAUCAUCUUCGGCUCAGCGGUCGGCACCGAAGGCCACACGGGACGACACACUGCAGACGACUACUUCUACAUCCUAACCGGCGAGGAGCACGCCUUCGUCGCCGGCGAAUUCACGCCCGAGAUCUACCCCCCAGGCAGCAUGCACCACCUAGAACGAGGCAUCGUGAAGCAAUACCGGAUGCCCCAGGGCUGCUUCGCGUUAGAAUACGCCCGAGGCUGGAUCCCGCCCAUGCUGUUCUUCGGCUUCGCCGACGGCAUCUUCAGCACGCUCGACUUCCCGACCCUCUACCGCACCGUUGCCGUCACCGGCAGGGAGAUGAUCGGUAACCUCCUGACUGGAAAAAUCUAGACGGACGGGGCGUUAUCUUUUGCAUUUGGCACUCAAUGUCGGAUAACCGUGUGCUAUAUCGGAGCUAGAGCUUAUACAGGCGGUUUUGUCGAAUGGUGCUAGAUCUACAAAAUCUGCUAUUUAGAAAUCCUUAGAGCUAGAAGGCGAUAUGCCACACUAUAUAUCGCAUUCUAUAGUAAUGAUAAUGUGGCUCUGCAACUAAUAAACGACAAGCAUGAAACGCCUA